AUGAAUAUAGUGUCGCUCAUUUUGUCUAAAUUACCUACAGUCCUACUCUCAAAAUGGUCAGACUAUAGUUUCCCGCUUAUCACCGAGGGCAAGAAGUCACGAUUGGAUAUUUUAGCAGAUUUCUUACAAGAAGAAGCGGUGAAAAUCUCGACGACAUCUAAUAUUCAUCUCAUCGGCAAUAACUUCAACCGCGUACAUAAUACGGUGCUAGUGACAACAGACAAUCAUGACUUUAAGUGUUUAUACUGCCGUGUUUCUAAACAUAAGCUAACAGAGUGCAAGCGCUUUAAAAAAUCACUACGAAAAGAUCGGUGGCGUCACGUUAAACGACACGGCAUCUGUUAUAAGUGUUUACUAUCGCGUCACGAUCGAGAUACAUGUCCGGCCGCGCCGUGUGAUAUCGAGAACUGUGGACAGUCGCAUCAUCGGUUAUUACAUUAUCCUAUAACAAAAGAUAUUCGUUCCCCGGGUAAUAUAAACAUUACGGAAAUAACAGAAAGUGCAACAGUGACGAACAUUAAUUUAUCUAACUGUAAAGUGUUUUUGAAAACCGUGCCUAUCAAUAUUCAUGGGCCAAACGGUGUAAUUAGUGCUACCGCUUUGCUAGACGACGGGUCGACCGUAUCGUUAAUAGAUUAUGAACUUGUAAAAAAACUCGGACUAAAUGGACAUAAACAAAUUAUGCGUGUGAGUGGUGCAUGGAACAAUAACUCAUUAGAAUGUGUUUGUGAGAUAGUAGACUUAAGCGUAUCAAACAAAGACGGAACUAUGUUUCCUAUUCGCGUGAGAAGUGUAAAAGACUUAAACCUACCUGUACAUGAUUCAACGUCGAUUGAUCUUACUAACUAUGUACAUUCUAUACCUGACAUAAAAAAUUGUUUAAAUAAUGAACUCUGUAAACCUAAAAUAUUAAUUGGUCAAGAUAAUUAUGAUUUAUUGUUACCGCUUCAAAUAAUAAAAUUAAAAAAUAGUAAAUUAUAUGUUACACGUACUGAGUUAGGCUUAUGCAUUCAUGGAUGUUUACGCGAACUAUCCCCGCUCCACCAGACCCCGCCCAUUAAGCGAGUACAUCAUUCAGCGUUAUUCAUUACUAACGAUUCAGAUAGAGAAUAUGAAAAUAAGUUACGAAAUUUAGAAGAACAAAUACGAAUAUCAUUUACAAUCGAAUCAAUGGGCAUCAGCAUGAGACCCAGGAAAAAUCCAGAAGAUCUUCAAGCUAUACAAUAUUUAGAAAAAACAUCUGUACUUAAAAAUGGAAGAUGGCAUGUCGGUUUACCCUGGAAAGAUCAUAACUAUAGUAUAGAAAAUGAAGCUACGGCUAUUAAAACUAUACAAGAUAUUAUAUAUAUACAUAAAAAUGGUGGCUUCGAGAUAAGAAACAUAACGAGUAACAACGAAGCGGUAUUAAACUGCAUUCCACAAGAGACCUUAGGAACGACUGCAGUAAGGUUCAAAAUUGAACAGCCAAAUGAGGGCGAACGUACACUUGGAUUGAUUUGGUAUCCGAAAGAAGAUCUGUUGUCUUUUGACGUUUCUUUUAAGAAGAUUCCUGUAGAUAUAAUAACAGGCGACACGCGACCUAGCAAGAGACAGAUGCUUAAAGUUUUAAUGUCAAUUUUCGAUAUAUUUGGAUUUCUUUCGCCUUUUACAAUCAAAGGAAAAAUUAUGUUACAAGACGUAUGGAGAUUACAAUUAGAUUGGGAUGAAAAAAUACCUGAUACUAUUUAUGAAAAAUGGAUUGAAUGGCUACAAUUAUUAAAAGAAAUUAAUCAGCUGCGUAUCCCAAGGCAUUAUGUAACGGCCGCAAGAGUAAACGAGACGGAACUACGCUGCACUUCCGAUGCGAUUACGCAUACGUCACCCGAGCGGCCGCCGUUGCCAGUGUCUUGUAUUAGUGAAUCUCUCGCGUGCGCGUCUAACGGGCAGAUAACUUCAUGCAAAGCUCAAGCCUGGAAUAACAAUUUUGUACAUGGAGGUGCUGGGGCUCUUGGCCAGGCAGUUAUAUCGAUUGCUUUGGCAUAUGGCUGCAAAGUUUUUACUACUGUGAGCGAUAUCAAGAAAAAGAGAUUCCCAGAGCUCAAAGAAAGUUAUAUUGGAAAUUCACGUGAUGUAAGUUUCCGAGAUAUGGUGCUACACGCUACAAAGGGUGAUGGUUGUAAUUUAAUCAUAAGUUGUGUUAAAUAUGCCUUUAAAAAUACCACGAUUCAGUGUUGCAGACUAUCUGGUACUGUAAUUGAUACAACCUUAUUAUUGACUAAAGAAAAUUAUGACCUCAGCAUGAAAUAUUUGGCAAAAGGAAUAUCAUACUCCACCAUGAACUUAUUGUCAAUGUUGGGAGAUGAAGAAGAGGACUUACAGGCACAAUUGGUAAUAUCAGAGAACGAAUUGCUGGCAUUAAAAUUAGUCGACAGACUAGUGAACCGUGGGGCUAGAAAGAUAAUAUUAGUUUCUUCGACUGGAUCAUCAUAUUGUCUGUCCCAAAAAUUACGAACUUGGGCCAAACAAGGAGUACAAGUACAAGUAAUUCCUGGAAAUAUAUUUAAUCCAAAUAACAUUAUUAAUUUACCAGCUGAAGAUAACUCGUUAGCGGGCAUUGAGGGAAUAUUUUACAUAGUUUCUUCAAAUGCAAUAAGUGAAAAUAGUAACGAAAUGUUGGAGCAGAUCAAACUAAUAUCGCAAAGAUUGUUCGUCUCAUUUUUGUCGAAACGAAUUAUUGUAUUCGAAGAGAUUGUGAAA